CUCACUAAUGACACUGAUUUACGACGCGGAUGGAUAAGAGCGCUCUCGCCCCGGUUGCGGGGACUCUUAUUUUGACAGAGCGCAGCUCAUACGGUGGGAUGCUUCAGAGCGCGCGCGCACACCGCAAUCCAGUCUUGCAUCAGCGUCAUCUUCAGAGAGAGCGAGCUGUGAAAUUCCCUGACUAAAUGCAGUUUUGAUCUUUAUGUUCUCUAUGAGUGUUUAAAGUUGUGUGCGUCCAGAGAGAAAACCACACACAGUCAUACGCUUAUGCUGACACUCCUCAGGACAUAAAGCAAAGACGAUAUCACUUAAUAUUCAUGCUCAUCUUCGAUCUGUGCACAGAGAGCCCUGUUUAAUACAGCUAAUCAAGAUCUGGCUCCCUCUCUUCAUAUGCUUGUAUAAAUAAAUCUGUUAAACUGGAUUCCUUCUCCGAUUUUGGUGUUCUUACCAACACACCCGGCCCAGCUUCAACUCAUUAGCCACAGCUAGCACCUUACAGUCCUUAGUCCCUCAGCUACAUUUGGUCCUUCGAGCCGGAUACAAGCUGUUCCGGGAAUAUGCAGCAAAACGGUGAAGCAUCCUGGGUCCAAUCGACUCGACCGAAGAGGCAGCGGAGACCGCCACAGUGUCUGGAGGACUAUGAGGUUAGUCCAAUGAGACAACUGACACAAGUUUCAUCUCGUACAAGUUUAUUACAGCAUAUGCAUGGUCUAGAGGGGUGGAGCUCUCACCGUGAGGGAGCGGCUAUGAUGACGCCAGCUGAAAGAACACGUAUCACAAGGUUCCCUCGUCAGGUUCAGUGGGACUCCGAUAUUAGUGAGCAUGAUGAAGACUACUCUCCCAGCUAUGAUACACGUUCAACUGGCCGACGUGCAAAGUGGACAUAUACUCCGACACCCUUUGCAGGGGACGAGAAUGAGUUAUUUGAGAUGCGUAGAGAGAACACAUCAUUAUGCCGAUCUGAAGAGGACAGGCAGAGCAGCCAUGCACAGAUUUGGAGUAUUCAGAGUGAAAUGCAUUCUCCUGUAGCCCCAGUUAGGACACAGCAGGGGGCACGACAAGAAUCGUGGCCAGUACCACCUCCUCCUGUAAAGGAUCACUUUCCGGCCCGAAGGGAAGAAGAGGAGUAUGACGACUGGCUACCACCUCCACCAUGGCCCUCUGCUGAACCACCGACAAUGCCUCCGGAGGGUGAGGAGACACAGAUGGUCACAAUUAUAGAUAGAAUGAUGAAGGAACUCCAGCUAAUCAGAGAUAGUGCUGUAUCUAACUCCGCAACUAGAAGUCAUCUGUCUUCAACCCCUAAGAGACCACCAGCUAGGAAGUUUCAUGAGCCUCAGCCUCUGACGCACCGGCCACAUUUUUACUCACCAGGCAUCAGCUCUCCUCCUGUUCUUGACUCGGCUAGAUCUGGGCCUCUACCUAAACACGUACCAGGCCCUCACAUGAGUCAUUAUACCCCCUCUCGAGACAUACCAUACCAGCCUUUAUCAGCUAUGGUGAAGGAAAAGGAAUACCAUGGGCCAGCACCGAAAAUUCCCCUCUUCAUCCAUAGGGACCCCAUGGAAUUCUCCCGCCUGAAGCUCGCCCUAAUGAACCUGUUGCCAAAGGACGCCACUGAGCUCUUCAAAUAUCAGGUUCUCGUGGACCAUCUGAGAUUGGAGGAGGCUUGUCUUAUAGCUGACUCAUACAUCAAUUCACCUAUGCCGUACUCAGACACAAUGGCCGCAUUGAACGAGAAGUUCGGGCAGCCACAUCAAGUCGCCUUAAAGAGGAUUGCUGCUGUCAUGGACUCACCAGAGAUAAGGCGGGGUGAUACAGCAGCCUUUGAGAAGUUUGCUUUGCAUGUUCAGUCAUUAGUGGGCAUGUUGAAGACUCUGGGCUCUGAUGGAGAAGUUGAGCUGCGAUGCGGCUCACACGUUGCACGGCUGCUCACGAAACUUCCGCCUGAGUUGAGGGCCAAUUUCCGACGCCAGAUGUUCCAUCGACCUGGCUCUACUCAUACCCUGCUUGACUUAGCAGAGUGGCUCCAGUAUGAGUCAUGGUGUCAAAGUUAUGACACCCCAUCUGACACCCGAGUCCAAGGGUCACUGAGCUACAAAGCUGAGAAGCGACAGAGUAGAUCAGCGGCUACCGUGCUUCAUGGGGCAGAGAGCUCUGGAGGUAGUAAGGCCACAAAGCAAGAUGGCCAGAGUUCCUCAGAUUUCAAAAGGAGAGGCAAGAUAAAGCUGUACUGCCCAUAUUGUGAGAGUUCGGAACAUUUUCUGAAUAAGUGCCCAUCCAUUCAGAAGUUCACAAGGGAGGAAGUCAUAGAUUGGAUCAAGGUGAAUAAAAGAUGCUGGAGAUGUGGGAGGUCCCACCAAGCUGCAAAGUGUGACCUCAAAAGGCUCUGUGACCUGUGCCAGGGCAGGCAUUUGAAAGUUCUCCACAGUGUGAACACCCGUCCCGUUGCAGAGCCACCCAAAGUAGAGAGUUGUUUAGUGAACAACGGUACCGAGGUUCUUUACCUGGAUCGGCCAUCAACUUCCACUCGUGUCCUAUUAAAGGUUGUGAGAGUGCUUCUUCGGAACAAGGACCGUACUCUUGACACCUACGCGGUAUUGGAUGAUGGAUCGGAACGCACGAUGCUCCUUCCAGAAGCUGUUGACCGACUUGGUUUGCAAGGUAGACCAGAGGAUCUUGUCCUUCGCACAAUACGACAGGAUGUCCAAACCUUGAAGGGAUCAUCCGUCUCAUUCUGCAUAUCACCCCUUGCACAUCCCAGAAGAAGCUUUCAGGUGGCAGAGGCAUUCACUUCACAGCGCCUCAGUCUGGCGGAUCACUCAUAUCCCAUCUCCAUGUUGAAGAGAAAAUAUAAGCAUCUGGCAGACCUCCCUAUUGAACCGUUCGAGCUUGUCAAGCCACUUGUAUUGAUAGGACCAGAUCACCCCCAUCUGCUCACUCCAGUGAAGCCAGUGAGGUUAGGCCCUCCAGGAGGACCAGCAGCUAUCCGUACAAGACUGGGUUGGACGCUUCAGAGGCCGACUCACAUCAUCAAGUGGAUGGCAUGCGCACAACAGUGCUUCCUUACCAGUGUUUCACCACAGACAACAGAGUUGAUGAGGAAUGUUGAGAAACUCUGGCAGAUGGAUGUGCUGCCUUUUCAGAGGGACAAGAUGGCAGUGAGAUCGAAGCAAGACAAGGAGGCAAUAGAGCACCUGGAGGCAAAGACAAGGAGGGUUGAAGUUGCUGGUAUCUUUCGGUAUACUACUCCGUUGCUACGGAAACAAGACAUGCCCCUGUUCCGUGCAUCCAAAGAGGCGGUUCUACCAAGCUUGUGGAGUACAGAAAAAAGAUUAACGAAGGACCCUCAACGUGCCAAAGCUUACUGUGAGGCAAUCAAUCAGCUGGUACAAUCAGGAGCUGUCAAGAAGUUGGGCCCAGAUGAGAUCUCAAUGACUGGUGAAUCAUGGUACAUACCUCAUCACCUAGUUAGCCAUAAUGGGAAGAAUCGGCUUGUUUUCAACUGUUCCUACCAGUUUCGUGGGCUGAAUUUGAAUGAUGCCUUUCUCCCAGGACCGACCUUGGGCGCAUCUCUUCUUGGGGUCCUGCUGCGCUUUAGGCAACAAGCAGUAGCAGUUAGUGGAGAUAUCAGGAGUAUGUUCCACCAAGUCCAACUUCUGCCAGAAGACCGACCACUUCUCAGGUUUGUGUGGAGAGAUAUGAAGCGAGAGGUUCCCCCUGAUACCUUCGAAUGGCAAGUCCUGCCUUUUGGCACCACCUGUUCACCUUGUUGUGCCACCUUUGCUCUCCAACGGCAUGCUAGAGAUCACAGUGUUCCAGGGGAUGGUGUCAGAAACUCUGUAGAGCGCUGUUUUUAUGUUGAUAAUUGCCUUCAGAGCGUGGCAACUGCAGCUGAAGCCAGAGGAUUGGUCGACAAACUCAGAGAGACUCUGUCAUCGGGUGGAUUUGAAAUCCGACAGUGGGCAUGUAACAUCCCAAGUGCCAUCGGACAUCUGCCGAAGGAAGCUAGGUCGGACAGUAUGGAGCGCUGGCUCUCACAUGAUGACACUGGUCUGUCCGCUGACUCUUGUGCUAAGUUGGCAUUGGGAAUUGGACAUCUUGGGGUAUAAGAGCCGCCCACUUGAUUACG